CGCCCCACGCUUCUGCUUUCGCUUCCACGAUUGGGGAAAAUAACUGCCCGUCAGCAGUGUUGCCUGGCAACGGGGAAGGGGUGGCUCCUGAGGGAAACCUGUGGGCUGCUGGACCGGUGCGGACAACCGAUCUGCGCCUGGAAGUCCGGCGGGAGAAUUCUGCCAGAUACCUGGAGAGAUGGGCAACAGCAGAAGCCGCGGGGGGCAGAGCUUUUGUUCACAGUUCCUUCCUGAGGAACAGGCUGAGAUCGAUGAGUUGUUUGAUGCUCUGUCAUCAGAUAAAAGCAGCCCGAAUGCCUCGUCCAGAUCCUUCUCUCUGAAGGCACUGCAGAACCACGUCGGGGAAGCUCUUCCCCUGGAUAUGGUCACCAGGUUGUAUGAUGGCAUGCGGAGGGUUGACCUGACGGGGAAGGCGAAGGGGCCCAGUGAGAACGUGUCCCAGGAGCAGUUCACAGCAUCCAUGUCCCACCUGUUGAAAGGAAGCUCCGAGGAGAAGAGUCUCAUCAUGGUGAAAAUGAUUUCUGCCACAGAAGGUUCCAUGAAGGCUAGAGAAGUCCAAAAGUUUACAGAGGAUCUGGUUGGCUCUGUGGUACACGUGCUAAGCCACAGACAGGAGCUGAGAGGCUGGACUGGGAAGGAAGCCCCAGGGCGCUCCCCACGGGUGCAGGUGCUGGCUGCUCAGCUGCUCUCUGAGAUGAAGCUACAAGAUGGCGAGAGGCUUCUGGGGCCCCGGUGGCUGGACUGUGACUGUGACCGAGCUGUGAUCGAGGACUGGGUGUUCAGGGUCCCCCACGUGGCCACAUUUCUGAGUGUGGUCAUUCGCAAGGGUCUUCUCGUCCUGAACUCAUCCCUUGAUCUGACUACCCUGAUUCCCGAGCGUCAAGUGGACCAGGGCAGGCAUUUUGAGAGCAUCCUGGACGUCCUCUCUGUCGUGUACAUCAAUGCCCACCUGCCUCGGGAGCAGCAGCACCGCUGGCGCCUGCUCUUUGCAUCCGAGCUCCACGGACACAGCUUCUCCCAGCUCUGUGGCCACAUCACUCACCGGGGGCCCUGUGUGGCUGUCCUCGAGGACCAUGACAAGCACGUGUUCGGUGGAUUUGCCUCCUGCUCCUGGGAGGUUAAGCCUCAGUUUCAAGGGGACAACAGAUGCUUCCUGUUCUCCAUCUGCCCCAGCAUGGCCGUGUACACACACACGGGCUACAACGACCACUACAUGUACUUGAACCAUGGACAGCAGACGAUCCCAAACGGACUGGGCAUGGGGGGGCAGCACAAUUACUUUGGGCUUUGGGUGGAUGUUGAUUUCGGGAAAGGACACAGCAGAGCCAAGCCCACGUGUACCACAUACAACAGCCCGCAGCUGUCGGCCCAGGAGAACUUCCAGUUUGAUAAGAUGGAGGUGUGGGCAGUCGGAGACCCCUCGGAGGCGCAGAUGGCCAAGGGCAACAAGAGCAUCCUGGAUGCAGACCCCGAGGCCCAGGCCCUGCUGGAGAUUAGUGGGCGGUCGCGACACAGUGAAGGGCUCCGGGAAGUCCUGGAUGAUGAGUGAGGAGCCGCCUGAGCCUUCUUGGAACCAGAAUCUGGAUUCUUCUGGGUAGAGGGCACUGCCUGCGGUCCCUCUUCCUUCCCCCAUGGUUUAACUGCAAUAGAGAGCCAUCCAGGUCAUAACCAAGUAGUCCCAGAUGUGCCAAGAAAAUGCCCUCUGAAGCCAUGUCCUGACUGAUGGGUUUAUCUCCCAGAAAUGGAUGUUUAUGUUCGUUCUUGCCAUACAGGGUCACUCUCAGGACCUCUCCCAGAAAUCUUACGUGUCAAAUUAGUAACUGAAUCUUAUGCUUUGUUCAUUUCUGCCAAUGAAAUCCUAAGCAGCUGAGACCUUUCAGACCCCCUGCUGGCAUUAGGGAAUUCUGCUGGGAUUAGGGAAUUCUGCUGGCAUUAGCAUUUGUUGGGAGCGAAACUUCUCUCUAUGGAGGAGGGGGUUCCUCCCACUAGGGUUCAUAUAGCCUCACUCAGGCCAUCCCUGUUAGAAGGGGCCCUGAUGGUCUGUUGUGACGGGUAAGGGACAGAGGCAUCUGGAUGAGAAUCUCAGCGCUUUCUAGGGACAGCUUCCAAGGGCAUGGGAGUUCUGUAUUUAAAAGCAUGAACUGUUUAAAAUGGGGAAAUGGAGGUGGGAGACUUUGAGGUAACAUGGUUUGGUGCUGGCAUGAGUCCUCAGAAGGUGUUUGUAAUUAAGGUUCCACGCCCAGUUCUCUCAGCCUGCUUUUCUUUCCACCAUUUUUUUUUUUUUUUGAGAUGGCAUCUCGCUCUGUUGCCCAGGAUGGAGUACAGUGACACGCUGUAACCUCUACCUCCCAGUUUCAAGUGAUCCUCCUGCCUCAGCCCCCCAGUAGCUGGGAUUACAGGCACGCACCACCAUGCCUGGCUAAUUUUUAUCUAUUUUCAGUAGAGACGGAUUUUUGCCAUGUUGGCCAGGCUGGUCUCAAACUCCUGACCUCGGGUGAUCCACCCUCCUUGGUCUCCCAAAGUGCUGGGAUUACAGGUGUGAGCCACUGCACCCAACCUCUCUGCUGCUUUUAAAUCAAUCUGUGUCAUGAUCAGAUGGGGAAGUUGGGAGAUCUGUCUGCAGAGAAGCAAAGCUGUGGUCUUGCUAACUUCAAGGCGAGGGACCCUGGGCGCCCCAAGUUCGGGAGCUUGAUUGAUAAAUACAUAAGUGGUCCACCCCGUAAAUCAGUGGUGAGUAACUGGCCUGAGUUCCAGACCUCUGGGAACCGGUGGCUGAGUCACAGCCGUCUGGGUCUCCAUGCUGGCCUGGGUUCUGGAGCUCCGGGAACCAGUGCCUGAGUCACAGCCGUCAGUACAGCCGUUUACCCAGGUCUGCUCCCGAGGGAGAUGCAGCAAUGGGAAAUUCAGCAGUGUAGACUCACUUUAAAACAAGCUCCAGUGAUCCUGAAAUGCGGAAGAUCACGUAGGUGGGUUGUUGGGUCAGCAGAGCUGCCAUCUACCCACGUCUGGAAAACAACACAUGGUGAGUCACCAGUUGGCCACGAGAAUUCCCCACUUAAAGGCACUGCGAGCUUGUCUCUGAGGUACAUACCUCUUCCUUUUGUCUUUUGCCGUAAGCUUUGACCUUUUUCAUCUCUGAUGAAAAUAUGACCUCUGUUAUAUAGUUUGCCUUGAUUAUAAGCCAUAGUAAAUUGGGCUGUUUGUAAUUUAGUAAAUUGAGCUGUUUGUAUUUUGCACGUUCUGCAUUUUCUACAAGGAAUUUCAUCAGACCUUCCAUUAGCAAUACCCCUGACUCAGGCAGAAGGCCUCGUAAAUCGGCCUUCAAAAGAAAAGUGCGUGCUCAGACAGCAUGUGGAGGGGCAGGAGCCUGGUGCAGACAAGGACUUAGUCGUGCUUGAUUUUCCUUAGCUGGUUUUUCAUGGCUUGUGGGGAAUGUUGUGCUCUUCCUGACAGGUUAGCAGGUACAGAGCAUUAGGAUCUCAGACAUCUCUACGUAAGUCUAAAGAAUUAGGUCCCUAUUGUCACUUUGUUCUGGAAUUUUUUUUUUUUUAUAAAAAUACAAUUAAAUACCUCACUGUUAAACCACUAUGACACCUCAGUUAAAAAGUUAAAACAGGUAAAGGUCUGUCAGUGUCUGUGCCUUGACUACUGCUCUUUGCUGCCUCUGCCUGGGCUGCUGCAGAGGUUAUCACUGUCUGCUCACAUGCUUUCUGCCCUAAGCUUGUUCUGACGAGAGCGCAGAUCACAGGUGCACCUGCUUCCAGACAGCAAACUUAGAGAAAGAGGGCACUGGCCCAGGCUGGGGACCUGGGGAUGCAGCCCUCUCAGUGGGCCUCUCUCGGUGCAUGGUUCUGCCUCUGACCACACGAACCUUUUUAGGGUAUGUGCGGGCAUGGGACCAGUGGACCUCACAAUACCUUACCUGGCUCUGAGAAACUUGCAAUUCUAGUUUGUACAAUCGGAUAGUUUGUUCUUUUGUGAAACAAAUGAGAAUUUAGGUUCUAAGGACAGAGGUCUCCCUCCAAGUGAACACUUAUCAGGGCCCUAGAAAGUGCUAGAAGAGGUUUUAAAAAAUAUUGUCCACAUUGCAAACUAUUAUAAACAAUCAUCACAUUGCAAGCUAUUACUCUUUUCCCCACCAUAUUUUUUAAUUAAAAAAAAGGGCUGGGGCUGGGCACAGUGGCUCAUGCCUGUAAUCCCAGCACUUUGGGAGGCUGAGGCAGGUGGCUUACCUGAGGUCAGAAGUUUGAGACUCGUCUGACCAAUAUGGAGAAACCCUGUGUCUACUGGAAGUACAAAAUUAGCAAGGCGUGGUUGCUCAUGCCUGUAAUCCCAGCUACUCAGGAGGCUGAGGGAGGAGAAUCUCUUGAACCCGGGAGGUGUGGAGGUUGCAGUGAGUCGAGAUCAUGCCAUGGCACUCCAGCCUGGGCGACAAGAACAAAAUCCCAUCUCAAGGAAAAAAAAAAAAAGGCUGGGUGGGGUGGCUCACUCCUGUAAUCCCAACACUUUGGGAGGCUGAGGCAGGCAGAUUGCUUGAGCCCAGGAGUUCAAGACCAGUCUGGGCAACAUGGCAAAAACCCGUCUCUACAAAAAAAAAAAAAAAAAAAAAAAAUACAAAAAUUAGCAGGGUGUGGUGUCAUGUGCCUGUGGUUCCAGCUACUUGGGAGGCUAAGAUGGGUGGAUUGUUUAAGCCUAGGAGGUCGAGGCUGCUAUGAGCUGUGAUUGUGCCACUGCACUGCUGCCUGGGCAGCAGAGCAAGACCCUAUGUUUUAAAAAAAAGUUGUAGAUCUGGUUUAGAAUAAAAAGAUAAAAGGAUAUAACUUGAAAAAACAGUCAUCCUCCUGCCUCUUCUCCAGCUGUUUUUCCUCCUGAGAGGUAAAGGCACUGAUGCAAAAAUCACUCAGGUCUCCCUGUGACUUGGGGCACACCUGAGUGUUACCGUGUUUUACACACUGAUGGGUCCCUUGCUUUCUUUUGUAACGGGAGGUCCGUAUCCACCCACGUGCCUCCCUCUUGUCUAUGGACCGCAUGAUUGACCCACACACAUGCUCUCUCGGGCCUAGCAUUGCACCGUCCCCAGCUGGGGAACAUUUUGUUUGAAGCUAAUCAUCACUGUCGUGAAUGUCCUUUAUGUAUGUCUUCGUGUGAUGGUGUCGGUGGGAUCAACUCUUGGAACUGCUGGAUUGAGAGGUGAAUGCCUUCUGUCUAGAUAUGGAUGAACCAAGAAACCUCUUGAGCUCAGUUUAUGCUCUUUAAUAUACCGGAGUGCCUGUUUGCCGUAUUUUUAGCAACACUAUAUUAAAAUAUGUUUUUUUUUAA